AAAGCUCAAACCUUUCUCAAAGAACCCAGAAAGAUUCCAUUUUUAUAAGAAACCCAGAUGAGCAACAAGACGUUGCUGCUGGAGGUUUGCACCAAAAAGGGGUGGGCUGCACCCCAGUACUGUAUCACCAAGCAAGGCCCUGAUCACAUUCCUCAGUUCUCCGCCACCGUUGUCGUUAAUGACGUCAGAUUCGACUCUCAGGGCUUUCUCGGGUCUAAGAAGGAAGCUGAGGCAUCUGCUGCCGGAAUGGCGCUGGAAAAGUUUCUUGGUUAUCAAAGCCAACAGCCCAUCAGCCCAAAUGUCAAGUCUUUCUCUUCCCCAGUGAAAGUUGGUCCUUCGCUGAAAGUUGAUAGCAAUCAGACAUGGGGUGACACUAAUAUCACACCGAAGAAGAAGGGUGCAGAUGAAGUGGAGCAGUUGUUGGCUCAGGAACGGAAGCUAUGGCACAAGGAGAAGCUUCAGCUUGAGCUGAAAAACCUUGAAUUGGCGAAUGCAAUUGAAGUGAAGAGUAAUGAGAUUCAACAAUUUGAGAAGAAACUGCAACAUAUGAAAGAGAUGGCAACAAUGGAGCAGAAGAAAACUGAAAGGAUGUUAUCAUUGGUAGAAGAGAAAAAGGGAGAAAAUGAGAAACUCCAUAUGAAAGUGGCUGAACUGGAAAAGCAACUCCAGGCAGUGAGUGGGGAUAUGGAAGGGGGAAAGAAGAUUAUCGGUCUCUCCGACUCUUUCAGAAAGGAGCAAAGCUAUAAAGAUGAACUUGAGCAGACUCGUAAGGCGUUGAUCAAUGUAUUAUGUGAUGGUUCAAAAGAGAAUAUUGGGGUUAAAAGAUUGGGAGAUCUUGAAUGGGAAGCAUUUCAAGUUGCAGCUAAAAGAGAGUAUUUUGUAGAAGAAGAGGUAAAUGGAAGGGCAAAGGAGUUAUGCUCAAUAUGGGAGAAUUACAUUGGAGAUUCUAAUUGGAAGCCAUUCAAGGUCAUCACGGAUAUGAGAGGAAGGAUCAAGGAAAUCAUUGACGAGGAAGAUGAAAAGUUGAAGAAGUUAAAGGUGGAACUGGGUAAUGAAGCAUACGAUACAGUGAUAACUGCACUGUUGGAAAUGAAGGAGUAUAAUCCGUUUGGUAGAUAUAAGGUAGAGGAGCUAUGGAAUUUCCAACAAGGUAGGAAGGCAUCAUUGAUGGAGGGAGUCCAAUAUCUUCUUAAGCAACUUGAUUUGGUCAACACUAACAAGCGACGAAGAAACUGAAGCAUGGAUUAACACAGAGGUCGUCAGUCUUCAGCCUUGUAGUUGUUUCUUUUCUGUCUAUGAAGUUCAUAUGAAUUGAUGAUCAGGCAUACUAGCACCUCUCCUUGUAAAGAUCAAAUGGAGCUUUUAAAUACUAUAUACACUGAGCUUGUAUAAUUCAGUAUCAAGGUUACCUAAUGCGAGUCCCCAGGUGUUUAGAGAGGCAGCUGGGUUGUUUAGAUACAAUGUUGUAAUGAGAAACCCAUCCCGAUUAUAUUCGGAAUCCAGUUCAGUUUUGUUUGUC